UUGAUCUCUUCCCAGCCCCUUCUUUUCAUCAACCCAACCAUCACCCGCAGCAUGCUCUGCGCCUGUAUUUGUAUUUGUUCUGUUUUCUGAUCGGCAAGGUCUCCUUGUCUGCUUUAACAUUGAGCACAGCGUCGUAGGACAUCGCCCGGUCAAACUUAUUGACCACCAUGUCCUCGGCACUUGCAGCAUCGCCGCAUCUGCACGGCAACGGUGUCGUGCUUCCUGACACGCCUCGCGAAGUCGAAUUUCUCGACAAGCUUCUGCAGAUUCGCGAUGAAGUGCUUGGUAGCAAACACGCCCGUAUCCAUCUCCCCCCAAAAGUGCUAGAACAGGUCGCACCACGUCCCGCCCAGCAAACUCCUCCCUUCCCCAGCAGGCCCACGACCAAUGGUACUCCAAACGGGAGCCAUUCCUCACACCCUUUCCCGCCGCGACCAGAGAGCUCCCUCCAGCACUAUCUCCCUGUCAGUGGCUAUAGUUCCCCAGCUCAACCUGCGCAGCGGCCCUACACCUCCAAAUCCGCAUCCUCUGGCAUCGAUCCAGUCUUACUUACCAAAUCUGAUCAUCUCAUCAGGGCUGAGCUACAGCUUAAGCGACAGCAAAUAGAAAGGGGGCUGAAAGAUCAAUUCGACAAAAAGGGCCGCGAAAAGGAUAACGCGAUAGAGGAGGCCCAGCUUGACGUCGAGGGUGUUCUAGCUAAGGCAACCGAGCUGGUGAAGCCGUUAUCUGGGUUGCAGAUUGCUGCUAAUCACAGCGAGUCGAGUGAAUCGUUCGAUGAAAACUCAUACUACUCUAGCCAGGCCUACAGUUGGUCGUCAGAGGAGGUAGAUCCCAAUCGGCACGGCAUUGGUGCUGAUACAACUGUACCGCUUACUCAACAGGCGAAACACUCUGCUACUGAAGCGCAACUGACAACAGCCAAAGCUGCCUCUCGUGUUGAACCGAAGCCGCGACAGGCUGAUACUGCGCUGAUCGAUCUUGAUGAAGAGCCAUACGAGCCUGCGGAUGAUAUAGAGAUCUAUGAACCCGAGCUUGCCCAGGCCCGCGAUGAGCGUGAGGAGUCAGAGUAUUCACCACCUCCAGCAGAUGUCACCACGUUGGGACCUAACAGGGGACGUGGACAAGACCGAGGACAGAACAACCAUGGCGGUAUCAACGGGUCAUCGAGGCGGCACAGCCCCGCGGGACAUCCAGCCCCCAUUCACAACACACGAAAGCGGAGGAGGGAGGAGAGGCAUCAGGAGAAGCAGAAGGAGAGGCAGCAAGAGAAGCGAGAGGAAAAGCGCCGUCAGCAAGCCAACAAUCGUGUUGUACGGUCCCCUGAACCUAUCAUUAAAGAAGAGCCUCAAUCACCUCCCCCUUUUGCGACCUAUCCUGAUUCACAGCCCAAUAAGCGAAGAGCACUGCAACCACUUGAGGGCGAGGCUGAGGUAGUAUCUCCUCGGGACAGUAGGCAGCAGCCAGUUUACUACAGAGAACAGGAGCCCUCUUCCCGACUAUCUCGCCAGUACGAAGAGCCCUUAUCGCCAACUGUAAUUCGGGUCCCUCAACGACGGCUCGAGCGGGAUGAACAAGACUUACGACGAGUUGCGAGCCUCCAGUAUGCACGACGGCCGAUCUCCCCUGUUGGGGCCGAACCACUCGCAUACGCACCCGCUGAAACCCGCCAGGUGCGUGCAGCAUCCCAUGCCUUUGUGGAUCGCCCACUGGAGCCCGUCUAUCGCGAAGUUCCAGCUCGCGCUUCAGUAGCACCUAGAUACAUCCGCGAUCGUUCGCGAUCCCCAGCCCACGAGUAUGUUUCUCGAAACCAGUCACCUGUAAUGAUGGCUCCUCCUCCACGUCGCAUUGUUGUGGACCAAUAUGGUAACAAGUACUAUGCAUCUCCUGCUGAUGUGAGAGAAUCCGUCGCGCCGCCCAGCAGACGGAUGGAGGCCGAACCAUACUAUGAGCGCGCUGUCACCCGGGAACCAACUAUUCGUGCCCCAGCUCGCCCCGACUUGUACGAAGAAGGAGAUGCUCAGAGAAUGCCACCGCCCCCCCGACGCUAUAUCGAUCCUUCGGAUGCCGAAGUUGUAGAAGCCCGACCCUACCGACAGAGGGAACUAUCCCAUCGCCCAGUUGAUCUCGAAUAUGCUCCACGCGAGGUAGUCGAACGGAGGCCUGUAAUCCAGUAUGAAGAGAUGGGUCCGCCACGCGAGUAUGUCCCAUCGCGAGCAUACAGCGUCCGCCCAGAGGUUGUCCGACGUGAAGUACCAGCAGAGUAUGCUCCAGUUCGCCAUGAGAGUAUUGCGCCUGGAGGUUAUGUAAGGGUUGCUGCACCGCGUUACCGCGAGCUCAGCGUCAUCCAAGAUGCUGCAUACGACGAUCGUCGGUAUACGUUUGCGAGUCAGCCACAACCUAGGCGAUACAUGGAGGAGGGAUCAGGGGCAGAGAGGCCAGUUGAAGUACCACAGGAGCCGUUCGUCGGAGAACCGCGUAGAGUGAGUUAUCGCUAUUGAACCAAGUAUAGUGUUUUGUGAAAGAGUUGGAUAGUUCUAUUGCUGCUGCAUAGGCGUCCGGUAGGGCGACAAAUACUGUCCUGGAUACAUGUUAGGAUGAGUUCACAUUAGCAUGAGCAGGAGUAAUUGGUAAAGUAGUUGUCUGGAUGGGUUGUGUUUCAUGGACUAGCUUUGUGGACGAUUGGUUAGCACUGUGCAAGUA